CGGCCCCGAAGGUGAGAGCGGCCAUGGCGUUCUCGGCGCCGGGAGCCUACCUGACGCAUCAGCAGAAGGUGCUGCGGCUUUAUAAGCGGGCGCUGCGCCACCUGGAGUCGUGGUGCAUCCACAGGGACAAGUACCGGUACUUCGCGUGUUUGAUGCGGGCCCGCUUUGAAGAACACAGGAAUGAGAAGGACAUGAUGAAGGCCACCCAGCUGCUGCGGGAGGCAGAGGAGGAGUUCUGGUACCGCCAGCAUCCGCAGCCGUACAUCUUCCCCGACUCCCCGGGGGGCACCUCCUACGAGAGAUACGAGUGCUACAAGGCUCCGGAGUGGUGCUUGGAUGACUGGCACCCGUCUGAGAAGGCGAUGUAUCCUGACUACUUUGCCAAGAGAGAGCAGUGGAAGAAGCUGCGGAGAGAGAGCUGGGAGCGCGAGGUGAAGCAGCUGGAGGAGGAAACCCCCCCUGGCGGGCCUACGACAGAAGCUUUGCCUCCGGCCCGCAAGGCCGGUGAUCUGCCCCCACUGUGGUGGCACAUUGUGACCAGACCCCGAGAGCGGCCCAUGUAGAGGGAGGCUUCACCCCUCAUGCUUGCAAGUGAAAUAAGUCACAGGACCGACACACACUUGCCCUAAUAAAGGAAAGGAAAUGUUCUGGCGUGA